AUGAAAUUAUUCGCUAUCAUCGCUUUGACGUUUAUCGUUGCUGUCAACUGUGCACCAGUUCAGAUAACUGACAAUAAUGUUGGAGACAUCGUAAGCGUUGGCGUCAAUGCAAACGCAAAUAUCAAGAGCGAAGUCAAUCAAGACAUCUUCAGCGUUAUCGCUGCAUUGAAAAACUAUGAACGCACCAGUAUUGGCAACAUUAGAGCUCCUAAUAUCCCCAACCUUCCCGACCUUCCUAGAGGUAUCGAAAUCACUCCUGAAAUGAUGGAAAGAAUUCAAGAUAUUUUAUGA